AUGUUCCGAACUUCCCCUGCAGGGUCCACUCUCACACUGCUGCAGUUCACACUGAUUACUGCCGUGUGGGCGAAAACGUCCUUCUUUGUGCCCCCGGAGCUGUUCCCGACAGGCAAAAAGAUUGGCGAGGUAUUCCUCGAGGCGUCGCGGAACUGUCUGAGCAGCUACGUUGACGCAGACCUCGAUAGUCCAUGCGCCGACUCCAUCACUGUCCGAUACCUGCACUCCAACUCCCUUCAUACCUGUGCGAGGCCGAAUGCGUCAUGGCAGGUGUUUGGGGAGGCCAUGCGCCUCGCACAGCGGAUGAGGCUCUAUGAUGAGAAUUCAUACACUUCCCUGCCCCCGAUGGAAGCGGACAAGCGUCGCAGGAUUUUCUGGCAUUUGUACGUGGGCGACAAGUCUUUGGGUGUGCUUCGUGGAAUGCCCAUCACGCUUUGCGACUACUCCUUUGAGGAUGGCCUGACAGUUGCAUAUCCAUCAGCCGAGAACGAUGAGUACGUGAUAAAGAUUCAAGAAAGGCGAGGGAGAGAGUUCCUUCACUUAUUGUGCUGACUGUUAGCGUGACAGGCUUGAGCAAGGCACCAAUGCUGCUACCCGGCUAUGGCAAGCAGCAGCCGAGCUCUUGCAGAGAAUGAGAAUGAUUAAACACAGUAAUAGGAAACCUUCUGACGUCCUAUCACCUACUGAUUACGAUACAUUGAGCAGCUACUACAUGCGCUUUGUCGUCAGCAUCGAUGACCUGCCAUCGCAUCUAUUGCAGACGAAUGUGUCGAGUUCAGCCGGUGACAACUCUUCUACUCAUCAUACGAACAACAAGAAAUUUGUUAUCCAAAUAACCGACCUACAAAUAACCUACCACAGUUUGAAGAUGCAUUUGAUGGAGGGGCUCGAGAAGCUCGGCUACUUUUCCGUCCUUGGUGAGCGGAAUGAUCUAACCGUGCUCAGAAAGACCGAGAUUGCCCAAGACAUGGCCCGGUUUCUACAGGAUGUACCAUUCUGGGCCUUGAAGGUCAAUGGAGAGCCUUGUGUACGUGAAAUUCUUCUUUAUCUCUCUGAUCUUGAUAGUAUUCCACCAGGUCGACUUACUUGCCGGAAAUUCUGGUGUAUCUUUAGGCUGAGAAAAUACGAUUGGUGGGUGCAAGUUUGCUCGCCAUCAUCCAAGAACCUUCUCCGCUUGUGAGCAGGGCCACCCGCGACUUCAAUGUCCUCCUAGAUGUACUGUCUCGUCUUGACUCGAAGGCAUCGGAUGCACUCCUUCGAGAGCAAGUCUGA